AUGGACGAUUGGGAAGAGCGAUUGAUUGAUUGGUUGCUGGAUAAAGCUGCCUGGUGGAUCAAGGUCGUUAUUACGGCAUUGUGUAUUUCUUGGUUUGCAUGCGGAGUAUCGAUUGCUGCCUUUGGGGCUCUAGCGCUGCUGACUUCUAAUAAGGGGAACAUGGGUUGGCUAUUGGCCCUUCUAUACGAUCUGGAAAGAGAAGAGGAAGAUCAGAGCCAAGAAUUUUCUGCCAGUCGCCAAGAGAGAAAACUCAGAUCAAGUCUAAAUAUUUGA